UCUCGCCGACAACACCAGACACCAAGAAACCACGGCCAGUCGCUUGGCCUCCUGCCCACAUGCACAGUGUGCAUUAUAGAAUGGAAUCCGCCGCCGCCAUGCAUGUUCUCUCGCCCGCGGGCGCGCGGCUCAAACCCCCCUCUUCUUCCUUCUCCUACUCGUCGGCUCAGGGAGCACCGCCGGUGCCUGCAUCCCCCGGCAGCACAUGGGCGGUAGGUUCAUGGCAUCAUGUGAUGGCAUGUGCCUGCCAUGUCUCUAAUACGGGCUGCAGGUCUCGAACCGCUUCCUUUGGCUUUGUUAGAGGUCUGCCUCCACCGCUGGGAUUCAGACGAGCGGCUGUCGUGGCCUCAGCGACGCAUGUGGAGGCCGGAAAUGGUAUUGGGUUGGUGUUGAGGGUGACACUGAACUGUGAAUUGUGCGGCCAUCAUGUGGGAGACGUCAUAGCAGUCACAUGGACGGACGGGAGUGAAGUCCGGAAAGCCAGAGGGAGCACUUACACAGGGUAUGAGAUUUGUCCACGCAAACAAGCGAUCACAUCCAUCGAGCGAGCUCCGAAGGCUUAGUACGUAAACAAUGACGUACUUCUCUCUCUCUCCCCUUUAUGAUGCAGUUGAGCACUUCCAGAUGCUAAACACAGUUGGCGAACACCAACUGAGCCCAGCCAUUAGCCCCAGCAAAAGCCCCGACAAAACACAUUCUGCUGCACAGUGUCUCCAGCCAGAAUCUAAGCGAGCCAAUGCCAGCAAGUGACAUUUAUUUUGAGCAUAAAUCCCAAUCCAGCAACGUUAUCUUCCAUCCCUCUCUACUCUCCGAUUCCUUAGUUUAUAUAUAUGCCUCCAACCUCUGUAUGUGUGUGUCUCUCUCUCUUUGCCUGCUGCACGACAAGAUAACUUGCAUUCCAUGGACAACCACAGCACCCAUGGUGUCUUCUCUUCUAAGCAUGUCAAUGCCAGCCUCGCCGAGAGAAGUCAGCGGAUAAAGAUGGCGGCAGAGAUGGGGCUCGUUCGGUCCUCCCGCGGCCGUCACUGGAGCCGCGCCCUCGGCCGGCGCCUCCUACAGAGGGAAGGGAUAACUGGCUGCGGGUGCAAGAACGCAGCACUGUCGACCUCGUCAAAUGUGUUCGAGGAUUUGGGCGUAAGGGAGAUCGAGGACGAGGCGGCGGAGAUAGGGACGCGGGUAAGAGCACUGCAGAGGUUGGUCCCUGGAGGAGAGGAGUUAGGCUUGGAGCGGCUGUUCGAGGAGACGGCCGACUACAUCGAGGCGCUGCAGGGGCAGGUGAGCGCGAUGAGGGCCAUGUCAUGCUUGCUUGAUGGGUUGGAGAGGGAGAAGAGGAUGAUGGGCAAAUGAGAGUUGUUCUUGAUAUGUUUCCUCUCUCUCUCUCUCUCUCUCUCUCUCUCACUCACUCAUAUAGGAGACAUCCAUCCAUCUCUACCCACAAGUCACCAGGAGUAAUACGUUCUUCAACCUGUGAAAUGGCUUCGUGUAUCAUGUAACAUCACAAUGCUAUAAGAAAUAAAUGAACGAAAUGAGAUGUUGAUGA